UGUGCAGAUCUCAACUCAAUGGAAAGCGUUUUUCUUAUUUUCGUUUUUGCCUUCUGUUUUUUCUGCAACAUGCUAUCAGAGCAUCCUUGAUUCUUUUUCUCCUUCAUUGAAGUUACGCUUCUGGUUUAGUUUUUCCGUUUCUUUAAACCUUGAAUAUCUUCAAUUUUCUUGAUUUUGUUUCAACAAUGGCGGUCGAUCCUACUGUUAAUCCUUGUAGUCCUUUUUUCUUACAUCCUAAUGAGAAUCUGGCUUUAGCUCUUGUCUCUCCACCACUUUCAGGUCGAAAUUACUCUUCUUGGUCUCGAGCCAUGAAAAUGACGUCAAUCUCAAAGAAAAAAUAUAAGUUUGUUGAUGGAACUAUGGCAAUUCCUCUAGUUACUGAUCCUCUAUACUCAGCUUGGGAGAGAUGCAAUAAUAUGGUGAUUUCUUGGCUUAUUCACUCUCUUUCACCAUCUUUAACUCAAAGCAUAAUUUGGAUUGACAGAGCUGCUAAUAUAUUGAAAGAUCUCAGAGAUAGGUUUUCACAAGGUAAUAUUCUUAGAAUUUCAAACAUAUAAGAAGAAAUUUCUGCUUUGGAACAAGGAGAUAGAACUGUAACUGACUAUUUCACAGAAUUGAAGAUAUUAUGGGAUGAGUUGAUUAGUUUCAGGCCUACACCUAUCUGUACUUGCACAAACCGAUGUGAUUAUGGAGCUUUUCUUAAAUUGAAGGAAUGUCAGGAGCAUGACUAUGUGAUAAAGUUUCUGAAAGGUCUUAAUGAUUAAUAUUCUGUUGUCAAGACUCAGGUAAUGAUGCUAGACCCCUUACCUACAAUCAACAAAGCCUUUUCUUUGGUUUUACAGCAAGGCAAAUUUUUCCCCUAAAUUCUGUACCUAGUGAUGCUAAAGCUUUAGCUGCUCGCAGUAACAAUUUUGUGCCUAGAAAUAUUAGUACUGGUACUGGCAAUAGUCCUCAAUUUUAUCCAAGAAACAAAACUUAAGGUGGUACCUCAGGUUUCAGACCCAAGACUUAGUUUUCUAGAGGUGCAGACACAAGGUACUGUACAUAUUAUGGCAACUAUAAACACAGUUGAAACAUGCUAUAAAAAGCAUGGAUAUCCACUAAGGUAUAGUCUAAGGCCUAGAAAUGCUUCCUUUCUGAAUUCACAAGCAGCAGUUCAUUGUAUUUCUACUAAAGAUCAGUCAAGGUCUAGGCCUCAUUUGGUUAACAACACAAAGUGUACUGGAGAUAUGAAUCUUUCCAUGUCUAAUUCAGGAGGUUUUCAAUUUACACCACAGAAAAUUCAAGGUUUGGUAUCCAUACUUCAGGUACGACAAGAUGGUUUUGCUUCAAGUUCUCUAUCUCAAGCUGCAUUGCCUUCAACUUCUGCAGUCAACACUUCUGCUAACCCUAAUCCUUCUCCUUCCUCAACUGUGAAUAUGAUUUCCUCCUUCCCUUCACAAUCAGGAUAUCCACAGCUUAUGAUUGGUACAGCUAGCAUCUCCGAAGGUCUCUAUGCAAGGACAAGUGUUAAUUCCACUCCUUUAAAAGCAAAUUCAUUGCACAACUCUCAAUGCAUAGACUCCCUUUGACUACAGGUAUUACAGAUUGGGUCACCCAUCUCUUGCUAGGCUUCAUUUGCUCAAACCUUUAAUUUCUGAUAUGUCAUUUACACAUUCUUUUCCUUGUGAAGUUUUUCCUUUAGCUAAGCAGAAAUGUAAUUCAUUUCUUGUAAAUCACAUAAAUGCCAAUAAUGCAUUUGAUUUGAUCCAUGCUGAUAUUUGGGUUCCCUUUUGUACACCAUCUGUUCAAGGUCACAAAUUCUUUCUUACUGUUGUAGAUUAUUAUACAAGGCAUAGUUGGAUUUUCUUGUUAAAGUCUAAAUCUGAGACUAGAGCAGUUUUACAAUCUUUCUUCACCUUAAUUGAUACACAAUUUCAUAGUAGGAUUAAAGCAAUAAGAAUAGAUAAUGGUUUGGAGUUUCACAUGCCCCAAUUCUAUGCAGAAAAACGAGUUUUCUAUAAAACUUAUUGCGUGGAAACUCCACAAUAGAAUGGUUUGAUGGAAAGAAUGUAUCAGCAUAUACUGAACAUAGCCAGAUCUCUCAUGUUUCAAUCUCACUUGCCUCUUCAAUACUGGUCCUUUAGCAUUUCACAUGUUGUUCACCUAAUAAAAAGAUUACCCUCCCCUCUCAUUCAUAACAAAACUCCUUUUGAAAUGUUAUACUAGUACCCUCCAUCCUUUGUUGGCCUUAGAGUGUUUGGAAGUCUAUGUUAUUCCUCUACUCUAUCUUCUCAUAGGAUAAAAUUUGAUCCUAGAGCCAACAAAUGCAUUCACCUAGGCCUUAAACUUGGAACCAAAGGCUAUCUGCUUUUAGUUUGACAUAGUCGAGCUCUUAUUGUCUCUAGAAAUGCCAUAUCACGUGAAAAUAUAUUUCCUUUCAAAGAAUCUUCAUGAUUGCAGAGUUUUGAUUCCCCUUCUUUACCUCAACAUACCAUUUCACCAAAUUCUGACAUUUUUUCUUAUUUUUCCCUUCCCUCCUCUUCUGUUAGCAUUCCUUCACAUUCAAAUACAUCAAAUCCAACUAUGCCUCCCUCAUUGCCUGACCCUUCCUCAUCUUCAUAGCCUCAUGCAUCUCCUACCAUACCUAUCCCUCCUACUAUAGUCUCUCUUAGACACAGACAACCUCCUGCCUAUCUUAAAGACUAUCAUUGCACUUUGACUUCAAAUGCAGCUGAACCAUUCUCCUUCAAGUAAGUAAAGUCCUCUUUCUAUCGCUUCUACUUUUUCUUAUUCUCACUUAUCUCCUUCUUAUAGAAAAUUUGUUCUUGCUCUUAAUGCUAAUACUGAACCUCAAACUUACGAUCAAGCCAUAAAGUUUGGCUGUUGGAAAAAGGCUAUGCAGGAUGAGAUUACAUCACUUGAGCUAAAUCACAUCUGGAAUAUUGUUGAUAAACCAUUGAACAAACCUGUUGUGGGUUGUAAAUGGGUGUUUAGGACUAAGUAUAGAGCUAAUGGGAGUGUUGAAAGGCAUAAGGCUCGCCUUAUGGCCAAAGGCUUCACACAAGCAGAAGGCAUUGAUUUCUUUAAGACAUUUUCUCCUGUAGUUAAAAUCACUACUGUCAGACUCUUGCUAGUACUUGUGGCCAUGAAUAAUUGGCAUCUAAAUCAGCUAGAUGUCAAUAAUGCCUUCCUCCAUGGUGAUCUCAAUAAGGAAGUGUGCUUGUCUUUACCUAAAGCUUUUAUUUGCUCUAAGCCAAAUCAGGUUUGUCAUUUACAAAAGUCAUUAUGGUCUUAGACAAGCCAGCAGGCAAUGGAACUUCAAACUGACACAAUUCUUGCUUUCUCUUGGGUAUUCUAAGUCUCAAGCAAAUUUCUCUUUGUUUGUUAAGCAUUCUGCCAACUCAGCUCAAGUUUAUUAGUAGAUUUGUUAGGAGCAGUUUCUUUUGUUCCUAGUUCAGUUAGAUUAGUUGGCAUUAAAUAUUUUAAUUUUGUUAUUUAUAUAAGCGACGGUACUUGUACAAAUCUCAACUCAAUGAAAAGCAUUUUUCCUA